UGGCUUGCAGCUUGUAUCGGUAGAAGACACACCUCCACCGUCGCAAAUGCUGCCUUUUCUUCGUAUUUCUUCCACAAUGGCCAAUGGCUUGCAUCAAAAUCCACGACGUCCAGUCGUCCGCAGCUACUGAGGCUCAACCAGCCAGUGUCGCCGCGAGUGCCGACAUCGGCGUUCAAAAAGGUCGAAAUAUCCUCUCCGUCUCAAUUACUUGGGAUAUAUGCGCAGCUUUCGAAGCCGCAUCUCAGCAUACUCGUAUGUCUAACCGCGAUGGGUGGCGUCGCGCUCUCACCACUUCCUACGACGGUCCCGACUCUGCUAUCGACGGCGAUUGGAACUGCAUUGUGCGCCUCGUCGGCUAAUGCGUUCAAUAUGCUACAAGAGGUUCCUUUUGACGCGCAGAUGGCCCGUACGCGGUCGCGCCCUCUGGUGCGAAAGGCAAUUAGCCCUCUUCACACGACCAUGUUCGCAGUAGCUACGGGAAUAGCUGGCCCGGCACUGUUGUGGACGAUGGUGAACCCAACGACAGCAAUCCUGGGUUUGAGCAAUAUAGUGCUCUACGCCGGCAUCUACACCUGGAUGAAACGGAAGAGCAUAUGGAAUACGUGGGUCGGUGCCGUCGUUGGAGCAAUACCACCUGCCAUGGGCUGGACAGCUUGCGGCGGACAGCUGUUUCCCCCAAUAUCCUCUUCCUUUCCUCUCUUUCUUCCCGAAUUUUUAUCAUCUAGUCCAGUGGACGUAUCAGUACUCGACAGUCCCCUGGCUCCCUUCGUUCUCCCACUGCUCCUCUUUAGUUGGCAAUUUCCGCAUUUCAACUCGUUGUCAUAUUUUGUCCGAGGUUCAUAUGCACAGGCAGGCUACCGAAUGCUAUCUGUACUCAACCCUCAAAAGAAUGCCCUUGUUGCAUUGCGUCAUGCCAUACUCCUAACCUCUAUAUGCUCCAUCCUCGUUCCUCUCUCCGGACUCACAACAUGGGCCUUUGCAUUGACCUCGCUACCCCCAAACCUUGUAUGUGUACAAGCUGCGUGGAAAUGGUGGCAGCAGGGCGGCGAGAAGCAAGCCAGGGUCGUUUUCCGACAUAGUCUGUGGUAUUUGCCGCUGAUACUGGGUCUGAUGAUGAUACACAAGCAAGGUGUAGAUUGGUUGCAGUGGAUAGGUGUGCGUGAGAAAAAGGAGGAGAUAGUAGAUACAAAAUUAUCGCUGAACGCUAUCAAUGCAAGGGCAUGAACAAUGUAUAUUAUUUGAAUUGAAGCGAUGAGACGUACAGCAGUCAUGAAUUCGCCUUAAC